CUUGUUCAACUAAUGAUUUUUCUUGUUAUUUUCUUAAUUUUGACCAGCUUGACACAAGCUUUUGUUGCAUCAAGAAAGACGGAAGUUGUAUCAGAUACUGUUGUGUUUACAUCAUCAGCUCCAGGUGAACAUAGAAUCUGAAGACCGUUCGUAAUGAGAAAUACUGACAUGGAAACAAUUAUUCUGUGUUGUCUUGUAUUAUCAACAUUAGCACCCGACCCUUCAACGGUAGAUAAUUUACAGCCAACCACACCUGGAGCAGGACCCGAUAACAGUUAUUCCAUUACCCCAUACGACCCAAACAACCACAAUACAACCGCUGGUAAUAAGUUUAACUAUGUAUUGCGACUCAAAAGCCAAAAAGAGGUAGAAGAGAUAAAAAUAAAGACCGACAUUGUAGCACUAACUCAAAAGAAUCUUUCAGAUUGGACGCUUGAUGAGCUGUUCCAUUACUUUCAGGUGGUACAACUAAUAGAAUGUAAUAAACAGUGUAUCGAGGAAACUAACAUACCUGUAGAAACGCUAAACAUAAGUCUAAUGCGUCGCAACGGUUUUGAGUGCCAGCCUUGUUAUUGUGAUGAGUCAUGUCAUGUGAGCGGUGAUUGCUGCACUCUUGCGACACAUACCCUACCUGAACAAGACAAAUUUCAGUGCAUAGUUACAAUUAAUCAGACAAAAAUGGAAAAAAGCAUUUUAACAAAGAUGUCAUGUGCGGAUAAUUAUCAUGAUAAGAGAAUACGAGAAUUAUGCAAAAUGCCAUCUAGUGGUUGUAGUAUGCUGCCCGUGACAGCACAAAGUGGAAUAACGUAUUUGAAUAAAUACUGCGCAAUUUGUAAUUAUGAGAGCAAAUAUAAGGAAUGGCAAUUGGAUAUGAGAGGAGAAAACACGAUAUUGAGUAGCCGUGUACUAGAAUUAUUUUCAUGUGAAAAGGAAAUAUACAUAAAGCAGUCUUCAUUUAAUCAACAGAUGAAAACUAAAACAAGAGAAUGUAAUCGGUUUAUGAUUCAAACAUGCAAAAUAAAUACAUCAAAAAUACUAGAAACAAACUGUCAACAACACUAUGGUCCAAUUUAUCGUCCAGAUGUAGGGAUGCUUAAAAAUGUUUUCUGUUAUCUUUGUAAUGGGUUGGACUUCAGAGGAGAAUAUAUAUGGGUGUCGAACACUGAAUUUGGAGGCUUCAUAAAUAGGGUGUCAUACCCUAAUUUAUCAGAUUUAUUUGAUCGUACCUAUACUUCAAGUGUGGCUGGAAUUUGCAAUUCUUCUGUGGACUGGUUUCACCCGUAUCAGAGACGGUGCUAUCAAAUUGAGUGUUCACCACAGCUACAACUGCAAGACGGUGAAUGUCUUCCCAUACAAAACGAUGUUAGGACAGUGUACCAUAUCCUGUUUACAAUAGACGACGUGUUCUACAAGGCACAAAUUGAUCUUCUAGCAAAUAAAAUAAAAGAGGAUUUGCAGACAUUAAGAAUUACCACUUAUGUAACAUAUGUUGGAAUUCAAGAUUAUUCAAAUAAUGCCUUUAUCCAUGUGUACUUUUUCUUAGAAGAAUCGCGAUUCAGAAACCUAACAAAAAUUUUAUCUUUCAUUAAAGAUAAUUGGAAAUUUGGCGAACAAGUGACACAUGAUUCGACUGUAUCACAAAGUCGGAGCAUAUCACAUGAAAUCGUUUCUGAUGAUGUGUUAUUAACCUGUUGUAAAAAAGACAAGAUUGCCUAUUUUAAUCUCUUAAGAACACGAAUUGUUGAGCUCAAUAAGCAAUAUAUAUGUCCGCAUAUUGUACAGGACUAUUUGGAAUUUGAAGACGGACUGAAUGGCAGUUUAACAUUAUACAAUACCAGUUUAACAUUAAAUAAAGGGGAGUAUUACAUGGAUCAGCAAAAUAGCGUAACGAUCUGUAUAGAUACAAUCAAUGAUAAAUGGAAAUCAAGUUUGUAUCAGGAAAAUAUCAUAUUCAUCAUAUUACGAAUAAGCUUUUUAGUCUUGUCAUUACUGUCCCUAUUUCUAACGUUUCUAACAUACUGCACGUUCCCGAUUCUGAGGACAUCGGCCUCAAAAAACAAUAUGGCGCUCGUUGUAUGUCUAUUUCUGGGGCAACUGUUUUUGCUGAUCGGAAGCUUUCAGGCGACCAAUGAUAUUAUGUGUAAAAUAACUGGCAUGUUAAUUCACUAUUCAUGGUUGUGCGUUGUCUUUUGGAUGAAUGUUUGUUCGUUUCACAUGUUUUCUGUUUUUCGAUUAUCAACUGUGUCGAGAAUACCAAGUUCCUCCAAACGAUUGAUCAAAUAUACAUUAUAUGCUAAUGGCCUACCCUUGAUUAUCGUUGCUAUGGUGAUUUCAUCGUUUUCCAUUAUUUACGGCACUCCAGGUUACGGUGGGAGGAAAUGUUACUUAGAAACGCCCCUUUUAGUGGGUGUAGCCUUUAUCUUGCCGCUUGCUUUGGUUAUUAUUUGUAACUUCAUUUUCCUAUCACUAACAAUAAUAUCGAUAAAUAAAACUUCUAAUAAUGCCAGGCUUGUUGGUAAAGAUCAACACCAUAUCAUGGUAUACAUAAAACUAUCGACACUAACCGGCAUCUUCUGGACGGUCGAUAUUUUAUCAAACUUUUUCUUACAUGAUAUCUUGAGCGUCUUAUCUACAAUUUUAAACUAUGGUCAAGGUAUUUUUAUCUUCCUGUCUUACAUGGUAAAUCGACGAGUUGCUAACAUGUGGCUUGGUCUGUGUGGUAAACAACUCCCUUUGAGUAGCACUGAAUCACCGAAGGCAAGCAAUGAUUCAAAACAAGAUAAAAAGCAACCCGUCACUGAGGAAGUGACAUUGAAGUAAUUUAAUUAAUCAAAUUCACGAAUUUUUGGUGAUUUGAAAAAUAAAUCGCGUUUGAAUACUCUAGUAUAAAUUACGUUUGUUUUCGUUUUAAUAACACGCUCACAUUUUAAAUCCGUAUAAUAAUACGUCCAAUUUUAGAUCUGUAUAAUAAUUCGCCCAUGUUUAAUUAUGUAUGCCUGAUACAUGUAUAAUAAAUCUGUAUUUUCAUUAA